AUGAACGGGACCGACAUUCCCACGGCCCACGGCCUCACAGACCUGCACGUUGCAGUCAUCUUGGGUGAGGCUAGCCGCGUUCACAGAAUUCUCAUAGACCAUAACAACAAGGGCCUCCUUGAUGUGGGCGACGUAGAUGGCGCUACGCCAUUGAUGACUGCCGUCCUCACCGGCCGUUUGACGAUUGCGCGGCUCCUGCUACAAAACGGGGCGUCACCCCAUGUCCGAGAUCGCCGAGGCCACCAAGCCGUCAGUUAUUCUAAAGUCGGCCUGUUCAAGACCAAACUUGGCACUUACAAGCGGCUGGGUUUCCCAGAGAUAGGCCCCGAACAACGGGGUAAACGGGUCGCAGUCGCAAAAAUACUUCGAUACCCGGCCGUGCUGGAGUCCUGUCGCCGGAUGGGAAUCAGUAUUUAUGUGGAAACACGCCCUUUCUUGACCAAGAAGAACCGUCAAGAUGAUAUUGGCUGCCGGACCUGCGCGUGUGCUCGAUGCAAGCGCAGAUUCGGAGCAGAACAGGCACGGGACACCCAAUCUGACCCCGAAAGGGAAGAUGAUAAAGUGAACCAACGGUUUGCCGGCGGCGUCCAGGGCACCGCGGUAGUGCGUCGACCAGUUGGGAGGCGUUCGAUACCAAGUCCAAAACCCGAAAGCACUCCUGAGUUACGUGAGCCGAUCUCAACAAUCGCAGGUCGCUCCGGCUUCUUUGCCACGUCAGACCCAGGCCGGUGCGUUGAGAUACAGAUUCCCAAAAUGAGCUCCCGGGCGCGGGCAGAGUACAUUCGGAUUCCUAACGUCUCGGGUACUCUCGACCUCGGACGGUUCGCAUAUAAGCCGCCUGUUGCUGCUACCCAGGCGCCGAAGGAAGCAAGCCGCCAGCGUAAGCUACAGAGGCCUUCCAGUGGUGGCAAGAACGCCAAAGUAGCUGCUACAAGGGAUAGAUCAAGGACCAGGGUGUGGCCGGCAAGGCAUAAUAUGCUACCAGUGCCGCGUCUCCCUUCCCUCGUUCUCGCAUCGGAGUCAACACGGCGACCCCGCUCUGAGGCAGCCAGCUACUCCUCGCGAACAAGCUACGUCCUGGCUAAAGGGAGAACUGGGACUUGUCAGUGGCAAAAUACCGGAAAGGAGGCGCUUACCAUAUAG